AACCGUUACAUUGAUAUUUUCAUCUUAACGAUCGGCAUUUUCGGAUAACGCAUACAUGAAAAAAACCAGAAAAAAGCUUCGUUAUCGUUAGCUAGCGUUACCAAAUCGAACACUUCUGAUUAAAAUGUUAGGUUGCUUCUCGAAAAAUCUCCCUUUUUUCAGUUAAUUAUUGCUUUUACUAUAAGCGUAUGCUAUGAAGCAUAAUUUAAAUAUGAAUGAAUGAAUAUCAAACAAAGAUAUUUUCUAUUGUCGAUAAAUCAAAAUUUCCAAGUAAAAGUAGCGAUUUUCAUAAACUCAAAUUUUUCAUAAACACAAAUCGCUAGAUGUUUGAAAUAGACCUUUUUAUUGGUAAAAUGUUUCGAGUUUUCUGUUCUUCGUCAGUAGUUUUGAACACCAAAAAUCUAAGAGACGGAAACAUAUCUUUCCAUACAGUACAAACGAAAUCACACCAACAGAGCUGAUAACAUAGAGUUAUCAUAAAAACCAACAUAAGAUAACGCAUCGCACACAACUUCAAUCUAAAGGUAAUACAUCGAUAAGCAAACAUAACCGUAGCGCUCGAGUGACAAGUAAGUUCACCAUUCUGUCAGUGACCUACGUUCUUGGUGGAUGUGUUCCUAAAAUCGUCUAAAAAACCAACGGAAACAUUACAAGGGAUUAUUUUCCCUAAUUGUGCAAAACUUUGCAGACCUUUCGGUAAGCAACACGUUAGUGACCAAAUUAGUGCAACACGUGUAUAAUUGCUAAGUAGAUCACAGAUCGAUCCGUAAGUGUGCAAAGUGAACAUAUUUUAAGUAAACAGUUGAUUGAAGCAACACAUACCAGUCUUAAGAAGUUAAAAUUGUUUCCUAACAUGAUUUAAUAAUAUCUAAACAUUGUUCAUUUUCAGUUUACAAAGCUGUGCAAUAAAUCAGCGUUGCAUUUCGCUUUCUACACCGACUGGGUACUUCCAUUCAUAGCCAAACAACUAAUCUAGCUUAUUGCGAUUUUCAGGUAAGUCAAACAAUUAUGUUGCAGCUGCACAACGUACCAAAAAAUAUAUAGAUUCUAGCAUAUUUACUUUGUCCAAACCGUACCAUGUAGUAGAUAUUGACUUUGCGUUAUGUUAUGCUCCGUUAUCGUCUUUGACACAAUCACAUAGAUUGAUAAUCCUUCUCAGAAUGGUACAGCUGUACCUGGCCGUAAAUAAGUUCGUUUGAUAUUCGUUAAAGGCGUGUUUCCGCUUUAGCUGCUUCUGAGUUUUAUUGCCGUAUUUUAAGAUUGCUGUUUGGUUCAAAGUUUGUCCCCGAACUACUGCUGAUAAUCAUUCUCAUACAAACAUAACUACAUUUCCUGGAAAAAAAUUGCUUAUUUCAACUUAAAGUCUUAGCGGAUCAACCGUGUAUCAGAUAUGUAUUAGUACCACCAUUUGCAGCAAACAAAACAAGCGUAAUAAACUGAUAAGCUGUUAGAUUAAAGGUUCAAACCGUUACAUUGAUAUCUUCAUUUUAACGAUCGGCAUUUUCGGAUAACGGGCACAUAUACACCCAGAAUAAAGUUUCGUUAUCGUUAGCUAGCGUUACCAAAUUGAACUCUUCUGAUUAAAAUGUUAAGUUGUUUCUCGAAAAAUCUCCUUUUUAUUUAGCGAUGUUCAUAAACUCAAACUUUUCAUAAACACAAGUCGCUAUAAGUUUGCCAUAGACCUUUUUAUUGGUAAACUGUUUCGAGUUUUCUGUUCUUCGUCAGUAGUUUUGAACAGCAAAAAUCUAAGAGACGGAAACAUAUCUUUCCAUGCAGUACAAACGAAAUCAGAUCUACAGAGUGUGGCAUAGAGUUAUCAUAAAAACCAACAUAAGAUAACACAUCGCACACAACUUCAAUCUAAAGGUAAUACAUCGAUAAGCAAGCAUAACCGCAGUGCUCGAGUGACAAGUAAGUUCACCAUUCCGUCAGUGACCUACGUUCUUGGUGGAUGUGUUCCUAAAAUCGUCUAAAAAACCAACGGAAACAUUACAAGGGAUUAUUUCCCUAAUUGCGCAAAACUUUGGAAACCUUUCGGUAAGCAGCACGUUAGUGAAAAAAAUUAGUGCAACACGUGUAUAAUUGCUAAGUAAUUGCUAAGCAAACAGUUGAUUAAAGCAGCACAUACCAGUCUUAAGAAGUUAAAAUUGUUUCCUAAUAUCUAUCUAUAUAUAUAAAAUUCUCGUGUCGCGGUGUUAGUGUGCAAACUCCUCUUAAACGGCUGAACCGAUUUGUAUGAAAUUUUCGCUGAACGUGAAUAAUUUAAGAAUUUUCAAAUAAUCAACGAUAUUCUCUAAUCGCCACUCUCAUACUACCACACGAAUCAAGAUUGAACACUCAAAAUGUUUGCUUACAAAAGGCAUGUUUAAGGGCAAAGCUAGGUUUGCCGGGUAAGCUAGUGAUCUAAUAAUAUCUAAACAUUGUUCAUUUUCAGUUUACAAAGCUGUGCAAUUAAUCGGUGUUCCCUUUCGCUUUCUACACCGACUGAGUACUUCCAUUCAUAGCCAAACAACUAAUCUAACUUAUAGCGAUUUUCAGAUAAUUCUUUACGCAGCCCGGGCUACUCGAAAUCCUUCUGCUGUAGCCGACUAAUGUGAGAAACCAAAUGAACCAAAGUUCAUAGGUAUUAGUACAACCGUCUGCAGCAUACAUAGGAAGCGCAAUAGUCUGAUAAGCUGUUGGAUUAAAGGUUUAUCAAUUGAACCUUUGCAGCAUGGAACUUAAAAGAAAAGCAACACCUGGAAAAUCGCCGACAGUAAAUCCUAAUUUACACGGUUCUGCCUAUCAUAUCAAUCUCACCAUUGUUAUCUUGUUGCGUGCGUACGAAUUACAUACAAAAAAUCAGAGCUUCAGUUUUUUAAUCACCGUAGAAGAUGCGGAAGGUGGUAAAUUCGAUGAUAUAAUCUACCGCCGAUACUUGCCAGACAAAUGUAAAGAGGUCGUGUAUAUACAAGCAAAGCAUGAACGUGCCCCCCAGGAGCCGGAUUCGAAGAAACCCAAACUCCCCGUUUCACUCGACAAUUUACUGAAGAAAUAUCAUCUAGGGAAGCACUUUCUUUCGUUUAUCGAGAUUUGCAACCAACAUGCAAAUGGGGACGAAACACAUAAGUAUGUGCUGUGUACAAAUACGAAACUCGAUACAGGAUACAAUUCUGAAAAGUACCUAAAAGAGCUAACAAACAUGGACAUUUUAUCAUUUGCGACAGAUAUACACGCCAAAUCUUAUAAAUUAAAUAUGGUUCCCGAGUUGGAAGCAAUGCUGCUAGAUGACAGUAUCGAUUUGUUUGGAAAAUUGUUUAAACAAUAUAUUUUUCCUACCAAAGAAUCUUACGAACAGGCAAAGCAAUCUAAGCAAGAUAACGGUAAAGGCAACAAUCCUGUUUUGUUUGAAAUCUUUUCCGAUUUGAUAGGCCAGUGUGUAGAAUUACUUGACGACCAUAAUAACGAUGUAGGUAUCAGAAGGUGUAGGUUUAAGGACGAGUUUCACAAAGCAAAUGGUUCAACACUUAUAAACGAAUUUAAAAUGGCAUUUAACAAACACAGCAGCAAACAGCUAAAGGAAUGCGUUGCACAGAAUGCUGAAAUGUUUCUGGACGUUAACUGUUUAGUUAAACCGCACCAGAAUGAGGGUAACACCUUUGGGGCGAAAAUUAAACAAUUUUGCGAUAGCUUUGUGUUGGUUGUUGAUUCAUUAAACGAGGAACAAUUACACGAAUACGCUAAGAAGCAAAUUCCUUGUGAUGUAGACGUUGGACUAGCUUUGGAUCGAUUUCAGCAUUUAGUGUUCGAUGCGAUGAAAAACUCUUCCGGCGUGCCCGUAUUAAUGGAUCCAGAGUUCGUUAAAAAUACACUCGAGGAGUUGGAAUGCCACAAACAUUUCAACCAUCAGAUAGGCAGGACAGAUAAGUACCUCACGGAGUUGCGUAUGAAAUAUCCAUUUAUCGUUAUUAAAUCAGAUUGUUGGGAUAGAUACGACCAUUUGAACUCAUUGUAUAAUUUCAUUACCAGCGAUUGUAGCGGAAUAUACCAGUUUUCUAGCAGUUAUGAUGUCGACAUGAGUGCCUUGAUCGUGAGUCAAAUGCCAAAAUGUCCUGGACGUGAAUGCUUGUUUAUCAAUAGUGCCGAGUAUCAGCAAAACCCGGAAAUGGGCCGGAUCGUAAAUCUAAUCUUGGCUCGUCACAAGUAUGCUGAAGAGCGUACGGUUAAAAUAUUAAUCGCUAUCGGUGAGCUGGCUAAUAAUGCACGCGAUUGUUUGAGAAACUUUUCAGAAAAAUAUGGCUGGAAAAUAAUCACAGUUGAGCGGCAUUCGGAAAGUUUGAUUGGUCCACAAACGGAACGUUUCCUGAAGGUGAGUGAUCUUACCGUAGAAGCACGGAAAGAUAUGCGGAAACAUAACAAUUUGCAAAUCUUCGGCACAGACGUGUCGUUCGACACGAUCGUGUACGAAAAUGAUGAUUUAACCCACUUACUGCCACUGUUGGAGGAGGCGGAAAAGAGCGAAAAUUUCAACAAAAAUAAUUUUACAAAAAUCAGCUCAUGGUAUAUACAUCGUGACUUUGCGUGUUACGAAAUGCAAGACGAAUGUCUGCAGACACUGUGUGCCAGUUCGAAAGUAGUGGAAAGUUUAAAGAAAAAAUAUUUCAAUGUAAAAGCUACCUUCGAGGAACUGAUCGAUGAAUUCGCUAAUCUGAACGAUGACGAUCUUUCGUUCGCUGCCAUCGGGCAAACUGUGGAAAGCGAACCGCCUGGUUUUGAUAAUGGUUGUAAAGUGAACAUUGUAAUCAAUGACGCUGGGUUUGGAAAAAGCGCCUACUUCACCUGGUUAGCGUGGCGAUUGCCGGAAAUACAACCAUCCUUGUACGUGGUCAAGCUGAAUGCGUUGGAAUAUUCAACCGACUUCGAACGAUUGGACAAACACAAAAUUGAGGAGUACGAUGGCACGGAAGUGAUAAGACUACUCUACCACUUUGUCUAUUUGGCGCUAUUUGUAUCGGACGUUAAUCGUCAAACGGUCGCCGAAACGGAUAUAAUUAGAGAUCAGGGCGAUCAGUGUGCGAAGUUACUUCGCAUCUCAGAUGGGCAAGUCAUGCUCGAUGAUGAUCCUUCAAAUAGACAUGAUGUUAGUACGAAACAAUUGAUCGCGUUGCGUCUUUUUCGGGAGAAGUUGAAUCAAAAGCAGUUUGUGCUAUUGCUAGACGGUUUCGAUGAGGUGGCGGCCUACUACAAAGAGACGGUGCUGGCCUGUCUCAAACUCUUCUCGGAGUUGAAGCAAAUCAAAUGCAUAUACAUCUCGAGUCGACCUUACGACUUUGAGGAAGAUUUCCGACGAACAUUCACCAGCUGCACGAUGUACCGGUUGAAGCGGUUCUCGCGACGUGAGCAAAUAAUGAGUUUGAACAAAUUUCUGAUCCUCGAAUUUAAGGACAAGUACGAACAGUGCGAGCUUCAUCAUCGUCAUCUGGUGUUGCGUGUACUGUACGCCAUUCUGGACAAUGUGCUGGAUGAUGUAAAAACCGUACCACUUUUGCUAGGUAUGGCAUUCACUAAAAUCUUACCCUCGAUCAAGCAACACAUAGACUUUGAGUCCAAAACAUUAUGCGGUACAAUAUAUAAGCAGGAAAAAUUGAAUACCCUGCAGUUGGUGGAAAAUUUUGUGGAGAAAAAGCUAGCAAUCGCUAACACGGUUAAGACAGGAUCUACAGAUUCGGCCGCAAAGACCGCUGGUGCGAUCCAACAAAAUAAGCUAGUAAAUAAGGCAAUACAGGAACUGCAUGCCGUACUCGCUAUGCACGUAAUGUUUGCUAGUGGAUAUAGAGAAAAGCUGUUAUCAAAGAAGGAAAAAAAGCAAGCAAAACAAUGUAUAGACAACAUGGCUGAGAUAAACACGGGUCUUGUAAAUGGCAUUCGGGAUAACAUACCUCUCUUUGUGCAUAGUAUUUUUGCGGAAUACUUAGCAGCCUGCUGGCUUCAUGAACACGACGAUCUGGUAUGGCAGGAGCAAUGUUUUCGUUCUAAAUUCUUCUGGGCGUAUGGUUUGAAACGCAUGCGCACCUUUUUUGAUCAGAUGAUCAUAAGGGAGAGUGGAGGUAGUGACAUUCACAUGGCCGUACUCAAUGAUUCCGCUGAGCAAGUCCAGACACUGUUGUCCAACAAUCGUACCUUGGCAGUCAAGAGAGACAAGUACAAUCGUACACCGUUACAUCUGGCGGUAAGGAAGCUAUGCAACCGUGCCGAGAUAAGGAACGCCAUUUUGAAGGAGAUGUCACUGGAAGAUGUCAAUCAGCAGGAUAAACUUUUCGGUUGGACUGCUCUAGAUUAUGCAUUCGUAACUGGCAAUGACAAUGCCAUCAAAGAAUUGAUACGGCUCGGUGCAAACAUUAACAUAAAAGCGUUGGUUCAGCAGCUAUGUUCGAACGAACUGAACGAAACAUUGAAACUAACGCAACAUUACUGUGAACUAUUAAAGGAGUGGGAAGAACAUAAAGCAACGGCUGAAAUCGUCUACCACCGUACAGUGUCAAAGUUGAUCAAGAAAACACGCCUGAACAUUUAUGCUUGUCAGGAAAGGUUAGGUUCUCAUUCGGUCUUAUCGUACUGCGUUAGAUACAAAAUGUAUGACAUCUUUCGACAGCUUGUUGAGCAAACAGGCAAAUGUCAGGAAGUGUUAGCAGAUACGGCUGACCGUCUAAUACAGAUUGCGUUUGAGGUGCAAGCGCACGAGAUCACUAACUACCUGAUAGCCGAUUGUGGCUUUCGUAUUCCAUGGAUUAAAUGUAGCCGUAGUUUGGUGUAUGCACUGAAAGCGCUGAUCAGUUUAAAGUGUGAGGUAUCGUUCAAAAAAAUUCUAACUCAAUUGUGCAUCCAACGAACCAUUGCCUGCGUAGACGAUGAUGCUAUCGUGAACGAAAUGCCGGUAAUAAGCGAUGCGAACGAGCCACUGUUGUACCGUGAGAUACAUCCUAAGGUUUGCUGUGUGCACAGUAAUGCCAAUGUCCACCUACCUUUGCAGGAGUACGACGGGUAUGACUAUGUGAAUGAUGCUUGCGUUUUCGAACUACUGAUCACUAGAGCCGUGCAUGAGGGCAAUUUGCAGCUGACCAGCUACAUAAUACAAAAGAAGGGCAUGAUCAUUACCAGCAGUCUUAUUGUUGCCAUUAUGCGUCUUCUGCCGAAGCUUCGGGGAGUGCGUCACGAACGUUCAAUACCUUGCUUUAGCUAUCUGCUCGAUAGAACGAUCGAUCUCGACAGCACAGACAGUAAGGGUCGCAAUUUGCUACACAUGGUUGCCCAAAAUGGCUGCUUCUACAUGAUGCAUUGCUUAAUUAUGAAAGGAUUCGAUCGAGCAAAGAUCAACGGUAAGAAUAAUUGGAAUACUAUUCACUACGUGGCGGGCAGUGUACAGGAGCGCAAUGAACAUCCGGUUAAGACAUAUCAGUAUUUAAUGUAUCAACAAGACAACAGCUAUCUACACACACCGGACACUAAUGGCUACCGGGUGCUUGAGCUAUCAGUGCAAAACUAUCAUUUCAAACUAACUAAAACGAUAUUUGAAGAUAUGUUUGGUGCUGCGUCAGUUGAACAAAAAGUGUCUGAGCUAAUGAUAUGUUUUGAGAAAAUUAUUCAACACUCACCAGACAUAAAGCCCAUUAAGCACUUUUUAAGAUUUGUCUCACAUGAUCAAGGACACUUUUGGGGCGAAAUAUACAAAAUUAUCCGCAAUAAAAUUUUUAUUCUUUGAGCGUGUUAAUAUGAGGAAAUAUAUAGAGAGAGACAAUAGAUAUAUAGUACAAUAGAUAUAUAGACAAUAGCUAACUUCUUAGUCCCAUAGAGGGUAGUGCCCCACUCAACGAAAAGAAGAAGAAGAAGAAGAAGAAGAAGAAGAAGAAGAAGAAGAAGACAAUAGCUUAGUAUAUAGAUUCGAUUGUUUAGUUCAUUCAAGAAAUAAUACACUUUAAAUAAAAUUGUAACAAUAAUAAUGUAAUUUUUCUCACAUUACCAUUCUCAAAACAAAAAAGAAACAUAAUUAAUGCACGGUAAAUGCUAAGAAAUAAUCCUAAAUCAAUGCGGAAAGAUGAAUAAGUCGAACCAAUUAUAAAAAACAAUUUGUUCACUGUUAUACAACAUCAAAUUAUAGUAAUCCAAUAAAGAAGAACUUAACUAACUAACUGUAAGAAUACAUAAUAAAGAAAGCAUGAUAACAUGUAUGGAAUAAUCCUAUUUGAAUGGACGAAUGAAAUAAAUAACUUUCAAUUAAACCCAAGCACUUGCAAAUUUUGAAAUAUUUUAUCUGAAUUUGAAUAAAUCAUAAUAAUGAAAGAAAAGCUUACGUACCACAAAUAUUUCAU